UUUCUGGGGAAUCAUCCUGGUGGUGAAGAUGUGAUUCUUGACUAUGCCGGGAAAGACGUUGCAGAGAUUCUCGUUGACGAGAUCUCCCACAGACAUUCGGAAUCUGCCUACGAAAUUCUCGACGACUACCUCGUUGGCUUUCUGGAGGGUUCAAGGCCGCCAUCCCCGCCUGGUACACCCGCCACCACAUGCUCAUUGACCGGAGUGUCUUCAGAGGAAGAACUCUCGAUCCCGACUGAUAUCGCGACAGACUACAAGGUACACAAGUUCCUUGACCUCAAUCGGCCUUUGUUUAUGCAGGUGUGGAAUGGAGGGUUCAGUAAGGAGUUCUAUCUUGAGCAAGUCCACAGGCCUCGGCAUUACAAGGGCGGCGAGUCAGCUCCGUUGUUCGGAAAUUUUCUGGAGCCACUGAGUAAGACGCCGUGGUAUGUUGUGCCGUCUAUUUGGCUUCCUUGUGUCGCCUACGGGACGUACGAAGCCAGCAAGGGAUUGCCGAAUAAUUGGACUGCAGCUGUUGAGUAUAUGUUGCAUAGGUGUUUGUUCCACAUUGAUAAGAAAAUGCCUGACAAUCGCGUAGCGAUUACGGUGCACUUCCUUCUUCAUGGAAUUCACCACUACCUUCCCAUGGACAAGCUUCGUCUUGUCAUGCCGCCAACACUCUUCUUGGCUCUUGCUACACCUUUCUGGCACUUGGCUCAUACUGUCUUCGCGUUCAACUGGUAUGUCGGUACUAUCGUAUUCUGCGGCGGUAUCUUUGGCUACGUCUGUUACGACCUCACCCAUUACUUCUUGCAUCAUAAAUCACUUCCAUCAUACUAUCGCGAACUCAAGAAGUACCACCUACAGCAUCAUUUCGCAGACUAUCAAAAGGGCUUUGGAGUCACAAGCAAGAUCUGGGACAAAGUUUUUGGGACAGAGCUCAUCUAUGGACCUAACGGGCCUGUCAAGUCAGAGUAAGCGAUUGAUUAGAAAAGUCAAUUUCAAAAGGAGGAUAAAAAUGAUAUUAAGAAAUCGGGGGGAAGUUUCACCGACUGCACAAUGGGGUGACUGGCGUUUUACUUUUUGUUGGAUUAAACUUUUUUUGUUUUGUGGAUGUUAUACCUUGCAUUUGGUACUAGUACAUACCUAUAUUCUGUGGCAUUUGAAUGAGUGGAGAGAGGUGGGAUAAUGGCUGGAGGCUUAUAUUGAAUUUACCUAAUACUUCAUUGUAUUCCA